UGGCUUGAGGUGGAGUUUGUCCAGUCCGCAAACACAGAAAUGUUAGUGGUUCUGGGAUUUCCCACAGCCCUUUGCAGUGGUAGCAAUGUGCAUCUUGGCUGUGGAUGCAGAAGUCUUGUGGGCCACAUCAUGGAAACCUCAUUUCCUUUUUUUCUCCUCCCACGCUGGUUCUCACUCUCAGACCCAAUUCUCAGGCAUUGUUUGGGGCGUAGGUACAAUACAGACAGAAAAGAAGAGAAGUCUAUCUGAUACAUGUCCCUAGAAGGAAACCCAGAGCCCUGAAGACAAACCUGUGGCUGGGCCUUGGAAACCAAGAGCGCCCCCCUCGUCCAGGCUCACCACAUUCCUGGAUCAGUGAAAGCUGCAAGUCCAGGAACUCGAACAGCAUUACUGCGGCAGGAGGCCCUGAGUCUGAGCUGGGCCAUGGAGGCCUCUGUGCUAAGCCCCACGUCCUGGGAGAAACGGCGGGCCUGGCUCCGUCAGAGCCGCAACUGGCAGACCCAGGUCCUGGAAGAGGAGGCUGCAGCCGCCCUGCAGGAUGUCACGGAUCCUGAGCCUUCCAGCCUGGAUGACGUUUUCCAAGAAGGGAAUCCGAUCAAUAAGAUUGAAGACUGGCUGCAGGACUGUGGAUACUCUGAAGAAGGACUUUCUGAGGAAUCAGGACAGUCGAUCUACAAUGAGUGCUCCAGCCACGGGACCAGCUUUGAAGAUGACUUGACCCUCGGAGCAGAGGCCACACUGCUGGCCGCCAAUGGCAAACUCUUCUCCAGGAGUUUCCUCGAGACAGGCAGGCCUUGCCAGCUACUGGAUCUCGGCUGUAGUUUGGCUUCCAGCAGCAUGACUGGGGGAACCAACAAGACUAGUUCGAGCAUCUCAGAGAUUCUGGACAAGGUGCAAGAAGAUGCAGAAGAUGUCCUCUUCAGUCUGGGCUUUGGCCAAGAGGACCACAAAGACACUUCUCGGAUCCCUGCCCGAUUCUUCACCACCCCCUCUCAGGCCAAGGGCAUUGACUUCCAGCUCUUCCUGAAGGCUCAGGUGCGGAGGAUCGAGAUGGAGGACCCCUGCCUCAUGCUGGCCAGCAGGUUUAAGCAGGUACAGACACUGGCUGUUACUGCUGAUGCCUUCUUCUGUCUCUACUCCUAUGUGUCUAAGACACCUGUCCAAAAGUUCACACCAUCCCACAUGUUAUGGAAUUACAACCCAACUGAUGUGCCAUCCAUCAGGAUUCUGGCCCCAGAGCCUGAACCCCACUCUCCCAGAGAGCGUCUCCGGAAAGCCAUCUCCAAGAUGUGCCUGUAUACAUGUCCCCGAGGUCGGCUAUCACCACCCUACAACACUCCCAAAAGGAACAGUUUGGACCAAGUGGUGUGGGAAGUAAUGGACAAAGUGAGAGGUGAGAAGCUCAUCCUCCAGGAAGACUCUGAUUUGGGGCAAGGCCAACAGGAAGAUCCUAUGCCCCCUUUAAGGGGUACAAAUCUGCCCACUUCUUCCUGUCCCUGUGUCCUCUGCUCUAAAGAGGAAACACAGCAGGGGAUGUCCACAGUGCUACCAUCAUCACAAACUCUGAAUUCUAACUCCAAGAUACCCCAUUACAUACGUUCUCUGCCCAGAGCAGAUCCACAGUGGAGCGUAGACUCUGCACAGGUAAGAAGAGAGCUGUGGAGUCUACAGGCCACCAAUAAGGAAGCCCAUUCAGCCAAGGAUGAGACUUUCUGGAAAAGAAAGAGCAGAGCAAGAAAGAGCCUGUUUCAGAAGAAUCCCAUGGGCAGGAAGGUUAAGUCAUUGGACCUGUCCAUCAUCCAGCAGAAGUGGAAGCAGAGCAUAGACAGACCAGAGCUGCAUCAAUCUUUAACCCAGCAGCUGCAAGACACUUUUGACUUGGAGGAGGUGCAAAGCAACAGUGAAGAGGAGCAGAGCCUCUGGCCCAGCAGACCCAGACAUCCCCACUGCUACCAGACAUUUGCUGGCCAAGAUUCAUGAAGCUUUGGCACCACAACAGCACACGCUCUGACAGCAGCAGCUUCCUCGAAGAGCCUAAUUCCCACCUCUUCUUGCAGGAAGUUGCACUGCCUUCAACAUCCAGCCCCUGCUCCUUGGCCUUCCAAACCCCUGAACUCAGUAGGAGAAAGGCAACGUGGUGCAUGGGAAAGAAGCCCAGACUGAGAGACCUGGAGUCCACAUCUUGAAGCUGUCACAAGCUGCAUACAUGGAGAAAGGCCUUAGGCACGUCACUACAUUUCUUGCACAUUGUUUUUUCUCUACAAUAUGAGUAUUAGAGUAUAUGAAAUGGACAGUAGUAAACUGAACAAAGACUUAAUUUUCUCCCAAGCUUUGACAUUGCUGAGAGGAGGAUCUAAGGAUGAUCAAGUUUAGGGAACAAGGUUUGCCACUGGAAUGCUCUCAAAGGGCACACACAAGCUAAGACAGGAAGAAGAAAUCUCACCUUCUGUCUCAAAAACUAUGAUGUAACCUGCAGCGGGAUUCCCUCCAAAACUCCCUCCAUCCCUAUGUGUUCCUAACUGAAUUCCAGAAAAUCAUCCAUGACACCAGAGUCCUAGUUUUUUCCUUGAGGCCUCAUGUGAGGCGAUCUACCGGGAACCCUUAAAUCCAGCUUCUCUCUCAACCCAGAAUUUUAUACCUUCAUAGGAAAAGAGAUGAGUAGAUUCAGGGUCCCUCCUCUUGGCCAUUGCAAAAAAUAUAUGAUAUUUCUGCUGGCAGAAAACAAUACAAAUAAAAAUAUUUUUUUUAAA